CUUCAUUUCAUCCUCUUCUGUCUUUUUAUCUUACACCUUCUGAGAUUGAUUGCGUUGAGAUAUCGAUAAACAAUAAUCGUGUAGCAUCUGAUAUUCGGAGAGAGUUGCAAAACGUUCUUUUAAGCAGGUCCAGAAACAGCACAGCCGGAUGGAGGCCAUGGAGGCCAGCAACCGACUUGAAACAUCUCCAGCAUUUAUUUGCAAAGGUUUUCUUCUUUCUGUGAGCAUAUUCGUGGGGUUUUUUGGAGUCUUCUUCUCUCUCUGGAAGGAUAUCGAUUAUGCCGUGCCGAGCUUUCUCUUUUUAGAAUGUACGAGCGCCAUCCUUCUUAACAUGUAUGUGCAACACAAGAAAGGGACACUCUUUACGAAAUACAACAGACAAAGGCUGAUGUGCGUCCUAGUCUUCGCAUGUAUCAUCUGGGUCUCGACGUUUGGAUACUCCGCUUUUUUAAUAUUCUGGGGCAUAAAAAACAAAGAAGAUUUUUCAGUUGAAAAGGAUGGCAGCUUUAUUGCCUUAAUCCCUUGCUUCGUUGCAUGCCUGUGGAGUGGACUGCUCAUUUAUGAGACCAGGAGAUUCAUUGGAAUGUUUGAUGAGCAGUAUGGAGGAUCCAGCUUGCCGUACCGUUUAAACUGAUAUCCAAGGGAUAAUGCAAUCUCUCAUCCAACUUCAAUCAUUGUAUGCCUUGAUAUAUUAUACACAAUGAAGCAUUCUGCAUUGUCUUCAUUUCUUGCUGUACAGUUGAUAAGCAUUAAAUUUGUGU